AUGUCUAGCUUAAUUCGGAGCCGCUGGUGCAAAUGCACUGCUUCCCUUUGCACUCCUGAAUCUAGUAAUAAACUCUCUUAUCCCCUGUUGACAGUCAAAUCUCAUCCUAAGGUUCUAAUCACUUGUGUAUUCGACAUCUUGCGCCGCCAAAACGAUAUCCGGCGUCUCGAGACGGCAGCUACCUGGGCCCUCCUUCUUCCCUAUUUUGCUGAAGACGAGGAUCGGCGUCGUACUGCAAGUCACCUGCUCAUCAGCACGGCUCUAUUGUCUGGUCAUGGCUCUGCCGCCUACCUUGAAGUUAAAGAACUUAAUCGUCGGGUAGGUUGCGAACUUUAA